AUGCCUACACUCGUGUGGUUGCGCGCUGCUGCCGUCGCUGCUCUUGCGGCUCAUGCUACUGCCCAGCAAUGCUACUACCCCAAUGGCAACAAAGCCCCAGACACAGAGAAGCCCUGCUCAACAGCAGAGGGCUCUGCUUGCUGUCCGGAUAGCUGGGAGUGCCUCGACAAUGGUCUCUGCCACUAUCCCGCUAACAACCUGUACGGCCGAUAUAGCUGUACAGACAAGACUUGGAAGUCGGAAGGAUGUGCUUCGAACAUGUGCACCUACGGCAUGACAGUCGGUGGUGGCGAGUCGAUAAAGCAGUGCGCCGAUCACGACGACCAGUGGUGCUGCAACGCAGACGACACAAACGUAAAAUGCUGCCAGGAAUCACCGUCACCACGACCUUUUUUCGCGCUGCAAAACGGAAAUGCCUACGCGACGAUUGGCUCGAAUCAAGCGUCGACUAACCCCAACAUUGCUACCAUUACUGGCCUGGCGACAAGUGGUGGAUCAUCAGGAGGUGGAAACUCGGCAUCACAAACGUCAGCGCAGCGGUCUUCAGCUGCUCCUUCUACAACCGACGAUUCAAAUUCGGGAACUGCAACACCAGACUCGGUCACUACUACGCCUACACCUUUUAGCUCCGUUGCGACGAGCCUUUCCACAGGCAGUGCGGGAGUAGUCACCAUUGAAAACACCGUUCUCGUUACCCCGACUGCAACCGCCGGCUCAAGCAACGACAAUGCCAAUGGAGACUCUGACAGCGGAUCGAGCUCGAACCUAGGUCUUAUCAUCGGAUGCGCAGUCGGCAUUCCCCUCGCACUCGCUCUCCUCGGUAUAAUCUUCUGGCUCCUCCGCAAGCGUCGCCAACAAGCCGCCAACCCCUACAAAGAAGCUUCGGAAAUUGAAGGAGACAGCCCGCUCGUCGGCGGUGCCGCGGCAGCAAAACUCAGCAAGAAAGAAACAUACCGAAACUCGCGACCCGCCACGGCAGAGAUUGACGGUAACCCCGUUGGAGCCGGACAGCCAAAUCGCAUCUCUGAACUUCCUUCCGGAAAUGGUUUCCAACCGGGACAGGGCGCUCCCUACGGACCUGAUGCUGUUGGGAUUGGUGGUGGUAAUGGGAACAGGAACACAUGGGAUAGCCAACCACCUCAGUACUCGCCUGCACAAGCCGCCUUCAGCCACCCCGAUGCUGCGGAACUGCCUGAUAAUAGUGUCCAUCCUGUUCUUAAUGAGAAAGGGCAGCCGUACCAACCGUAUAGGCCUCCACAGCCUGUGGCUGAGCUGCCGUCUGUUACAACGCCACCUGAGGAUCUGGAGAAGCAGAUGCCGAAGCGGUAG